AUGCAACAUUUCUUUCUAAUUUGUUCAAAAACAAGUCCACAGGUUGUUGCAUCAAGUCGUCGAGAGAUUAAUGUUCCUUCACAAAUUGGUAGGAUUUUAUGUGGUAUUAGAUAUGCUGGAUUAGUAAAAUUAAUGGAUGCUAUGAAUUUACAGAAUCCAAUUCAAGAUGAAAGAUAUUCCAAAUGGGAUAAAGAUUUAUACGUUUUAGUAAAAUCAUUGUCGAAUCGGUCAAUGAAAAAAGCUGUUGAAAAAGCUGUGACUGCCAAAAAUGAUACAGAAUUAAUGAUUAGUGGAGAUGGAUUUUGGCAAACUCGAGGUGCACUUGCUAUUAAGAAAUCUAAUCCAGCUAAAUAUAAUGAUAUUAUUGGAUCACGUCGAAUCGAUUGGUGUGGUUAUUUAAAAGCUGCUCGUGAUGGAACAUCAUAUGGCCAUAAACCACAUGCUUUACCUCGUCCUGUCCUUGAUGCAAUCAAACCUGUUUUUGACAACAUUAGCUCUCGGGAAAGUCUUGCACGAGUGGUCGAUGCAUCAGGUCAGAAUCCAAACGACGGCUUUCAUUCGCUUGUCUGGUUUAUGCCACCAAAACACAAAACAACAUCUGGGACAACAUUUGAAAUUGCUUGCCAUCUUGCAAUAGUAAUAUUUAAUGGUGGAUAUUUUGCAUUAGAUCUUUUCAACAACAUGUGUGAUUGUCGUGGUUAUUAUACCGAUCAAGCAAUGAUUCACUUAGACAACAGUCUUCUCAACUCAGAAUCAAAAACAAAUAAUAGAAAAACAAGCAAAGAAGCUGGUCGUGAUGUACAGGAAAAUGUUGAUAAUGAUCAAACAAAUAAUAGCAAUAAUGCACCCGGUAAUGAUGAUAAAACAACAGAUGGUGAUGAACAAACGGAUGAUGAUUAUCAUCAAACAAAUCCGGUUGAUCAACCAACAACUCAAGAUAAUGAAACAAUUACUGAUAAUGAUGAACAUAUUACGAUGAUAAUGAUACAACAUAAAGAAGAAACACUUCUUAAUCCUGAUACAAGAACAAAUGAAAUUCUCGAAACCAAUGAUGGCAGUAGUGAUGACGAAGAUGGUUACUAUAAUCCAAGAGACAAAAGAAGUUAUACCACUGCAAAUAUAAUUCUUUCAUCGCCUCAUGCUGGCAGUGACAUGCCAGAAGAUGUGCCCGAUCGUACGAUAGGUGGUUGUCGACGAGCAAACUCAACUGUAUGUUCAUUUCAAUUUGAUGAUCCAUGUGACGACGGUGUGCGUUGUCCAGUUACUACAGUACAAGACUUUGCAAUGGAUGAUCGAUUCGCCGAAGAUGUAGCCGAUCAAUUAAAUCAAACGUAUGCUAUUAUACCAUUUCUUGUUGUCGCCAAAUGGAAUCGCAAGAAGAUUGAUUUUAAUCGGGAAAUGAAUGAAGCGACUUUCAAUCAUCUGGAAGCGAUUAAAUCGUACCGUAGUUAUCAUGAUUAUUUAGAAGAAGCCAUUGCUACCAUUGAGAGAAAAUUUCAUGGCCAAGGUUUACUUCUCGAUGUUCAUCAACAUGCACAAGGAAAGUAG